CUCGAGCCUACACUUCCCGGCAUGACCAAUUCUUGCGAGAGGCAGUGUGUGGACUGCUGGUACUUGAGGUGAGGUGACUUAUUGGCAUAGUGAACGCUGAUACAAGACAGACGACGGACUGUAAAAGUAUUCUACUUCUACGCACUGCCAUGAGGAAACUUUGGACCAAAGUUGGCUUCUUUGGCUCCGUGUCCAUUGCCUUGGUUUCAGUGAUGUGGUGGAAGCGAAAAAACCAAAGUGGCGACUCAAAACUGUACGAGCUGAAACUGGUUCAAGUCCUGUUUCGACAUGGCGCCCGAACGCCACUUAAAACUAUACCCGAUGUGAUGGAGGUGCAAUGGUUGCCCACCCUGUUGGAGCCCCCUGCCCACACGCACAUCAAUUACGUGGUAACAGAUCUUCAAGGCGGGCCCAGACCCCCAUCAAUGGUGGAAGACAGCUACAGGAGACGGACGCUGAGCGGUGGCGUGUUUCCGGGUCAGCUGACCACUUUGGGCAUGCAGCAGCUGUACGAGCUGGGCAAAAGGCUGAGGAGGAGAUACAUCGAGGAGAGCCCCUUCCUUGGUGCCACCUUCAGCCCAACUGAGGUCUACGUGCGCUCCACCAACAUUGUCAGGACUAUUGAGUCUGCCAAGUGUCUAGUAGCGGGCCUCUUCCAGCAAAAACAAAAAGACGUUGUUCCCAUAGCAACCACAGUGGCAGAAUCGGAAAUCCUCUACCCCAACUACCACUCAUGUAAGCUGCUUCAAAUGCUUGGCAGCCGCCGCUUGGCAGAGUCGUCCCGCCUUCCAGACAUCGCAGCAGACCUCAAGAGCAUCCUGAGCGAGCUGGGCAUCGCCGACCGCUCGGAUGUUGACUUCAUCCUCAUCAGAGACAACAUGGUCGCCAGACAGGCACACGGUCUGCCAUGUCCCCCUGUGUUGAACACGCGGAGAAGCACGGUGGAGCAGAGAGCAGUAGACAUGAUGUGUCACGUCUAUGAACCCAGCAAGAGGGAGAGCUUGCAGCUUUGUGUGGGACCUCUGCUGCACACCAUUUUGUUGAACAUGGAAGAGAAGCUGCAAGGUGCAUCUUCACAGCCUAACAGGAAGUUGUUCUUGUAUUCUGCACACGACACCACGUUGAUUCCGUGCCUAAUGGUUCUGGGCAUUUUCGACAUGCAAUGGCCGCCGUACGCCGCCGACCUCACGCUGGAACUUCAUCAGCACCAACGUACCAAAGAGCCUUUUGUCAAAGUGUCCUACAAUGGCCAGGAUCAACUUAUUCCAGGAUGCAGCGGACUCUACUGCCCCCUGCAGGAAUUCAAACAGGUGCUAUCAGCAUACUCGCUCAACUCUGAACUGUAUCAGACACUUUGCAAUAACACGACCGCCACUUAGUGCAUAGCAUGUGUUUUCUUAAUUUAACACCGACUCCCCACUAUUCAAAUCAUUGUUUCGUCAUUUGUUUUUUUUUCAACAAAUGCAACUUCAAAUAUGAACAAUUCAUAUUUAUAUUUUACACACCAUCUUAUGUUUAUAGCAAGCGAGGUUGUGCAAAAUAAUAAACAAACUACUGCUUUUUACUUUUGUA